GGCGCAUGGCAUGUUUGGCGACGAACGCAACUUCAUCCACCAGGAACACACGUCUUCGCCCGACCCCCUCAGCCAAGUGUUGCGCCUAUUGAAGUUAGGGUCUUUUGAAUCCUGGACAAGCAUAACUUACGUCGCCUCACCGAUCCAGCUGUCGUCGAACACAUCCGCGUCAGCAUUUUCGGAUUGAUCACGGCCGAAGUCGAAGCCCCAACCACGAAAGACGUCAAGAGGAGCCGCCUCGCAGGCGUGUUGCGCAGCCAUGAUUCGCAAGCAAGCUCGCCAGAGGCGCGACUAUCUCUACCGGAAAGCCCUGCUCCUCCGCGAAGCCGAGAUCAGCGAAAAGCGAGCCAAGCUGCGAUCAUCGCUUGCGACCGGACGGCCACUAGAUCCUUCGAUUGCGAAUGACAAAGACUUGAGGAGGGACUACGCCUACGACGAGUCUCGCGCCGACCGCAGCGCCGCUGAAGAGCUUGACCUCGACGACGAGUAUUCACAACUUUCGGGCAUUGUGGACCCGCGUGUGCUCGUCACAACGUCGCGAGACCCUUCCACCCGGCUCGCGGCGUUCGCCAAAGAAAUUCGUCUUCUCUUGCCGACCGGCAUUCGGUUAAAUCGAGGCAACCUCAUCUUGCCGGAUCUCACGCGGUCAGCCCAAGCCAGUGGUCUCAGCGAUAUUGUGCUCCUCCACGAGCACAGAGGCACGCCCACUGCGCUCACAGUCUCUCACUUUCCUCAUGGCCCAACAGCGUCCUUUUCUUUGCACAACGUGGUGCUGCGGCACGAUAUCCCCAACUCGAUUCGAGGGACAGUCAGCGAGUCAUAUCCGCAUUUGAUCUUCGACGGAUUUACUUCUCGUUUGGGUCAAAGGGUUGUCAAGAUUCUGAAGCACAUGUUUCCGCCCCGUGACCCCCUGACAACCAAGAACAAGUUGGGCAGCCGUGUGGUCACCUUCAAGAACAUUGACGAUGCGAUAGAAGUACGGCACCACGUCUUUGUGCGGACCGGCUACGAUAGCGUCGAGCUGUCCGAGGUUGGACCCCGCAUGACAAUGAAACUUUUUGAGAUCCGGGGCGGCACGCUGGAGAACAAGGACGGAGAUGUAGAGUGGCACUUGACGCAAUACACCCGGACGGGCCGGAAGAAGGAUUAUCUGUAGAGGAUCAGUAUUACAGUUUCAUUCACAUAGCGAGAUACCGUGUUGAUUACUAA